AUGGAGCGUGGUCAUGGAAUGUAUUACACGCCAGCAACAUUUUCCGAAUAUCCUUCACAGAUGUAUCAGUAUCCUUUUGAAGGUCAUCACACUGAUACUUCUGCGAGCGAACAUUCAUUCGGUGGUGUUGCGGAAACACAAGCUCAUUUUUCAUGGCCCACUAUGACUCCUUCGCAGCAGCACGAUGCCCCCAUGGCAACACCUAACGCCCCAUUUGCUCCGCAAUGGAAUGUACCCGGAGCAAUACCUGAUAUGGGCGACUUAUUAGGUGUUGAUUUGCGUCAGGAGUUUUCUGUUGAGGCUGAGCAAGCAGAAGCGGGGAGACAACGCGGCAGAAGAAAUCCUGAUCCUAAAGCCACGAAAACAAAACAAAGACAAGCUCAAAGGCAUGGGCAAUUGCAAAAGAAUGAAGCUCUGAAGCAGUUGCAAGAAAAGGGAAAUGAAGUAGAUGAAGCAGGUGCAACAAAAGGGGGAAAUUAUAGGGUAUUUAAAGACCCUAAAUCGCCAAAGGAUCUGGCGUUUUCAGGUGACCUCGCCAACACUAAUGGCGCUUUCACUUUCUGCAAAAAGCUGCUGCUACAGGCUAGGGGUAAAGCGCUGGUUUGA